CCAACCUGUUAUAAUAUUCAAUUAAUGUUCCUGUAAUUGUUGAUAGAUAGAGAGAGAGAGAGACAAUUGACAAUUGACAAAUUCUAUAUUUAACCUGCCCUGAGUUAGACCAAAGGUCCACUCUUCCCCCAGGACAGGAACAUCAAAUACACAAACAAUACAUGUACAUGUAGAGAGAAAGAGAGAGAGAGAGUGGAAGGGGUAAUUCAUUAUCUGUGUGUACUGUGUGUUGUAAACAAAGAUAAGUGUCACAACUUUAGGUUAUGUUCUAAUGAGUUGCCUUUGCUCUAUUGUGUUAAAGUCAUUACAGUUGUAAGCGGCAAGCAUCAAGUCUCAGUAUAAGCUAAAGAAGAAUGGCCAACUGGGGUGAAGAAAGUGGAAUAGAGUACUGGACCAUGUCCCCCGAUAGAGCGGAAGAGGGACUGAAGGUGCUUCGAGAUGGCUUUUUUACUGAAGAAGCAUUCUGCUGCAACGUAGGGAUUGACAGGGACAUUGAGGGCCAAAGAGAACUUGAAAAACUCUGCCUUGAAUGUGCCUUGGAUGGAGUUUCAAUCAUAGCCGUGGACAAGGAAACAAAUCAAAUAGUUGGUGUGUGCUACAACAAAUUACAGACUGCUCCUCCUCCAGGCCAGAAGAGCUUUUUUGAAGAGUUUCGAGACACAAAGUGUAAAACAAAGACUGCCAAAGCACUGAUUAGUAUGAUGAUGCAGUUUGAUAGUUUGGUGGACUUGUAUGAUAAGUACGAUGCUACUAGCAGUUUUGAGCUUAUGUUUCUCGGAACACACCCUGACUGCAGAAAGAGAGGGGUGGCGAGUGGCUGUGUUAAAAGUUCACUCUCCCUCGUAAAAACGCUAACACCGCCCAAGCCAAGCAUCAUGACAGCUAUCUUCACAUCACCAUUCUCUAUCAGAGUUGGUCAAUCUUUAAACUUUGACAAGGUGAUUCACGUGCCUAUGGAGGAGACGAUUUAUGAGGGAAAACCCUUCUCUGAACAUCCGAAAGUUGGAAAAAAUCAUCCCGGGAGUAUAGUUAUGGUAAAACGGCUUUAACAAUGAACUUACUAUAGACUACUGUACUUUCUGUGUACCAGCUAUUAUCAAAUAAAUGUUUACGUUUGAAAUA